UGAAUGCACAUCGAACGCACAAGUUUGUGUCGAACUGUGGUCGUGUAUGGAUCGUUGCGCUGCCGCGGAUCAGAUCACACGCAGUGUACAGAGCAACGAAACCGUAAACCUGGUUUCAUCGCUGGUUUGAAAGGAAAAACGGUGUGUAACAAGAAGCAAAACAAAACGCGUGAGUGUCUGUGCGUGUGGAAGGAAGAAAUUAUAAUACCGAAUUGACGACGUUGUAACCGUGCUGUUUGUUCACUGUACUAAUGUAAUUUAUGAAGCUAGUGGCAAUUUUGUUUAUGCGAAGGUUUUUUUGGUGAUGGUGGUUUUUGUUUUUGUUUGUAUGGUGAAAAGUGUUAACAGUAAAUGUUUUGUAUUGCCCCUUUGCAAUUUAUUUUUUAAAAUGUGAAAUGUAUUAAUGCAAAGAGCGUGAAUCAAUUUGAAGGAACAACGGCGCAAAAAACUGUUCGUCACUUAAAUGAAUAGUAUAGCUUACCGAAGGAAUGUUUGCCAAAUAUUAGUUUAAAAAUUGAUUUUCAUUCAAGAAAUAUUCGUUGUUUUAAAUUAAAACGUAAAAAAUAAGCGUCAGUCCGACAAAACAGACUGAAGGUCAGCAAAAAGCACAUUUUAUCAGCUUGUGUAUCGAUGUGCCGCGAAAGUUAGACAGCUGAUUCGGGUAGCUAACACGCACCAAGGUUAAAAGAUUAGUUCUUUUAGUUCAAGUUUUUUCUUUUUGCUAUCACAGAGUGAAAUAUUGGAUAACGUGGCACAAGGACACUACCGAUAGGAUCGAUCCAUCGUUUGUUCAACCGUGUGUCUGUCUGUUACUCAAUCCCCCAAACAACAAAGUAUCGUUCAGUGACCUAAUAUUGGUGCUGCGAAAAUAAAUCUCGUUGCACCGGGCAGUGUAAACAGUUGGAAAUCCCUGCAGAUGCUGCAACCGCUACAGGUGCAAUUGUAUGCGAUGCUAUACAGCCACGACCGAAUGCAAAUAAAAUAAAGCACAAAACCCCCAUCGUGUUGAUACGCCAGUGUACCGUUUCGUUCGCCUUAUCACGUCGCAAAAUGGUGCCGGAAGUUGGCGGGCCGAGUUUAGUGCCGGUGGCGGCGACUGGAACGGAUAAUAAGCAGCUGCAAUAAUUCUCAACUUCACCGGUUUUGUUUUGCACCGGUUUCCAUCUUCGUGCCGAUAGUGCUUUGGAGCUUAUGAAAAGGGAACUCACCUUCCUUAGGACGGGGUUUUGUUAUUUUAUGCCAUCGCCAUUUCUUCCACUGCGCCAUCGAGGGAGCCACAGAAGCGAAAAGGACAGCCGGAACCAACCGUCGUCGGUGCAACUCCGUAACGAAAGCUCGCAACGAAACGAGUUGCUGCGGGAAAUGUUGAACUAAAGAUAACCAAAUCAAACAGUUCAAACCGAAUCCAGCGUUGAAGGAAGCGAGGCGAAGGAGUUUUUCUUCAGUUCGUCCGCUCAAUUCUUCCGAUUCCACGUCUACACCCACCACCGGUACGUGGCUUGAUGGUGCAGUGCAGAAACAGAAACGUUUCACUUAAAAGAAAACGAAAAGUUUAUAACAAUAUUUGAUCUGAGCCAAAACACGCAAACACGUACACCCGACCGUCGGAGUGACGUUCUAGAACGAGAUCUUUCUCGUCUUGGGUUUUUGUUGGUGUUGCUUCUGUUGGGUGGAAAAAAAAACAUUUAACGGAAAAGUGUAAAGCUUGUCUUGAGGUGACUUUUGCCCAUACCUGCUAGCGAUUUCAUCUUGCAAGUCACGUCCUCACAUUGGCAGGCUUGGUUCAUUUUCCACAAAAACUCGCCCAAUCCAAACAUCACGUCAGCGAAACUGCCCGCACGUCGAACGCUGGCUAUAUAGCGUUACAACGACGCCUACCGAAAACUGAUACCAGCUAAACAAAACAAAUAAAGCAAACAACAGCAACAAAAAAAACACCUACGGAAGAACCAUUCAUUCCCCCAUUCCCUGCCCCACAAUUGCUGCACAAAAUGUCGUCCAGAUCAAAGGAGAAAGUAACGGCCGCCAUUAGGAAGUUCUUCAAAAGCUCGGAAAGCAAGAGCAAAGAAAGCAAAGACAAGGAUGGUAACGGCACCCACACGGCCGCACCGACAGAUGCUACAGAUUCGAACCACCUGCACCUGCCCCACGGUCACCAUCAUCACCCCCCGCACCAUUCGUCGUCCGUCGCGGCAGUUCACACCGGGCCGGGAGUUAGUGGGACCGGUGGACCAAGUGCGGGGAAUGUCGCGGGCAGUGGGACGAACGGUGGAAGCGCAGUGUCGAAUGGCAACGGUGGCAGUAAUAGUAGCAGCAGCAACAGUAAAGCCACCACCGACAGCCCCAUGCGGCGAUUACGAUGUGUUGUGGCUCCUACCACUACUCCCAUGGUGAACGUUCCUGUAUCGAAACCCCUCGACACCACCAUACGCUCGAGGCGACUUAUGAAAGAGCUGAAGGAAAUCGAACGGUUACAGCACUCCCGAACGGAUCCAUGCUUUACGGUAGAGUUGAUUAAUGAUAAUCUGUACGAGUGGCACGCCCGGUUGUACCGGAUCGAUCCCGAUUCACCGCUGGCGGAAGAUUUGGUCGAACUCAACAUACCCUUCAUCCUGCUGCAUCUGGUAUUUCCGGAAAAUUUUCCCUUUGCACCACCAUUUAUGCGUGUCGUUGAGCCACGAAUCGAGAAGGGAUUCGUGAUGGAGGGUGGUGCCAUUUGUAUGGAGCUUCUGACGCCCCGUGGUUGGGCGAGUGCCUACACGGUCGAAGCGAUACUGAUGCAGUUUGCGGCAAGCUUGGUGAAAGGGCAGGGCCGUGUGUCACGGAAACCCAAAACGGCCAAGGAUUUCAGUCGGCGGUCCGCGGAGGAAGCUUUCCGAUCGUUGGUGAAAACGCACGAAAAGUAUGGUUGGGUAACGCCCGCCCUCAACGAUGGUUAGACCAUUUAGUUUAUCAUACUAAUUUUCCCCUAAAAAGAGGAACCGAUUGUAGUCCGAUUAUCCGUCUCAUUUCAUGUGACAAAUUGUACACACUCUAGCUAAUUAAAAUGUCAUAUGUUUCAUCACUUCAAUAGAAACUUUAUACAAAAUUUAUUACACUCCGAACAAUGUGCUAUCGAAUCGAUCUCAUCUGAAGCACACAAAUCUGCAAAACUCCCCCAUUAAUAAUGCUAUCUUUCUCGUGCUUUAAGACGAUGAACUCCUUGUUGGUUAUUCGAGAAACAAUAAGAUAAACAGACGAAUAGAAUCCCGUACAUCCGUAUAUCAAAAACUGGUGAUAAUUUUCAAUAUCGAAAAAUGCGAUAGCUAAGUAAUGAGAAGAACUAUACAAAGUUAAGUUUUUAGAGCUUUGAUCCGUUUUGGGUUUGAUGCAAGAAAGCAAGCGAAAUUCGUAACACGUUCCGGGGUGUGUGUUGUCUUCAGCCCAAAACCUCGCCCAUUUCCCUCCCGAAGCAAUGUACAAAACGAGAAUAGUAAACGAAAAUCAGAUAAAUAGUUCGGCAAAAACUCAGAUAGGACAUAAAAUGUAUUUAACUUGUGUGACGAGAUUCGUACCGAGAUGUGAAAUGCAAAUAGCAACUAAAAACACUAAAGGAAACAAACCGAGAAGCAAAUGAUUGUAAACAGAUUGGAGUGUUCGUAGUGCGGUACAGUGUGUGUGGAGUAGCAAAAUGUAUGGGCCAAACGUUAAGCCAUUUCUUCUCCAAAGCCAACUCCAGCAGGUUCGGUCUAAGGGGUAGUCCGUAUCGUCACUAGGAAGCUACAUGUUCUUAGAGCGUUGGUGUAAGCACGUGAAAUGAUGAAAACAAAUAGCUAACAGACCCGUGUGCUCAAAGUAUUAUACAUAUGCAACAGCAAAGAUCCUUUACAGAAAGCUCUUUCUUCGCUUGUGAUGUGAAUGAGUUAGUAUUGCGUGUUAUGGCUAAAGGAGAAGGGCUUAAAAAAUGUGGCUUUGUUUAUGAAAUUGUUCAUCACGUAUGGUAUAAGAUUUUUGUAAAUAAACGGCAUAUUUUAAAUGGUACGAGAUAUAUUCGAACAAACGAAUGGAA